AUGGCGCCCCUUCUGACUGAAGAGGAGGCCGCUCUCGAUCCCUACGCGAUCCUCGCGCUCUCCACCAGCGCGACCGAAAAAGAUAUCGGUAGGGCCUAUCGACAGCUCUCGCUCAAGUAUCAUCCGGAUCGAAGUUCUGCGCCGGACGCACCUGCCAAGUUCCGCGAGAUCAGCCUGGCGUUGGACAUUUUGAAGGAUGUGGCGAAGCGGCAGUAUGUCGAUGGGAAGCUGGAAGGGGAGAGGCGGAGGAAGGAGAAGUAUGCAGAGUUGGACAAGAAGCGGAAAGUUAUGGUUGAUGCUCUGAAUCAGCGGGAAGAGGAAGCUAAGAAGGCGAAGGUGGAAGCGGUGCAGCGGAGGAAGCAGGCAGCGGAAGAGGAGGAGAUCAAAGAGGCAGGACGGAGGAUGCUUGUCGAGGCGCAAAAACGAGCUGCAGCGGCUGCGUAUGCCUCGGCGUCUCAGUCGUCUCGAGCCGAGGCCGGUCCAUCGCGGUCGAACGGUCAGAACGGAACUGCCGACGCUCAACCACCUAUCUCCCCAGAAGAUCUAACGAUUAUCCUCCAAUUCCCUUCAACAUCCAUCCUUCCCUCUACUCCACCGACACUACAGCCCCUCCUCGAAGGUCGCUACGGCCCCAUCACGCACCUUAUCAUCAGCGAACCACCAGAUACAAAUGGCGACACUGGAAAGAAGAAGAAGAAGAAGGGACGGAAGGCGGUCGUCGAGUUUAAACAGGGAAACUGGGGAGGUUGCUGGGCAUGCUGGAAGGAUCACAUGGACGGCGCAGAAGGGCGAAGGCUGGAGGAUGGUGUCAAGGCCCGUUGGGCGAAAGGAGAGACGCCUGAGUGGGUCGCUUGGGCCGACAGGCAGCGGCAGAUACCGGGCAGCGGGGACGGAGGUCCAGGCGGAGGAGUGGACAACGGGAUGGCGCCUGCGCCGCGAGCACCGGCAUUCGGAUCAGCGCCGAAUCUCUCCACGACGAGCAUGGCGGACCUGAUGGCGGAGCAUGCGGGGCGAAAGGAGCAGAAGAAGAAAGAGGAGGAGUUUGAGAACAUGACGCUGUUCAGGAUGCGCCAGGCGGAGAGGGAUAGAUUGGCGGAGCAGAUCAGGCUGGAAGAGGAGGAGGGCUAG